AUGGCCUUCCGAGACACGGUCGCCUUCCUGGGCCCAAGGGCCUCGUAUACGCACCAGGCGGCGCUCGACCAUUUCGACCAGUCGACGCACGAGCUGCGGGCCGAAAUCACCAUCGAAGACGUGUUCGCGGCGGUGCAAGACGGGCGGGUGCAAUGCGGCGUGGUGCCGUUUGAGAACUCGAGCAACGGGUCCGUCGUCUUCACGCUGGACCUGUUCAGCGACCUGAAGGCGCGCUACCCAGACAUAGUCGUGUGCGGCGAGAGCUACGUGCGGGUGUCGCACUGCUUGCUGGGGCGGGCCCCGCCCGGGGCGUUGUCGUCGUCGUCGUCGUCGUCGCAACUCCAGGUCCAGCAAGCGCAGCAGCAGCAGCAGCAGCUUGCGCCGCCCAAGAGCGCCGUCUCGCACAGCAGCGCGGGCCACGACAGUCGUAGCAUGCGCUCGUCGCCCGCGUCCUCGAUUUCCGGACGCGCGCCGCCGACGCCGGAUCCGAGCCGGGUGCGGGCGAGCCUGCAACCCCUCGUCGACAUCAGUCACGUGCGGCGCAUAUACUCGCACCCGCAGGCGUGGGGCCAGUGCAAGGGGUUUCUGGCGGCGCAUCUGAAGGGCGUGGAGCAGAUUGACUGCUCGUCGACGUCCAAGGCGGCCGAGGAGGCGGCGCGCGACUCGUCGGGCACCAGCGCCGCCAUCUCGUCGGCCCUCGCCGCGCAGAUGUACGGCGUGGACUACCUGGCGCGCGGCAUCGAGGACUCUGCCGACAACACGACGCGGUUUUUCGUCAUUAGGAGGAAGGUUGAGCGCGAGGCCAUGACGCGCGUCACCAUGGCGUUUAGGCCAAAGGACUCGGAUUCGCUGAGCGACGACAUGGACCGCUACAAGACGAUGGUGUCGUUCACGGUGCCGCAUUACGACGCGGGCGCGCUGGCCGACGCGCUCCACGUCUUCAAGGAGCACGGCCUGAACCUCACCAGCCUGAACACGCGGCCCUCGGGCUUCGAGAAGUGGAACUACGUCUUCUUCGUCGAGUUCAAGGGCCGCCGGCUCGCGGGCAAGGCGGGCGCGGUCAACGAGGCCCUGGCGGAUCUGGGCAAGCUGGCGCGCAGCUGGCGGUGGUUGGGCAGCUGGGAAAGGAAGCUGAAGACGUGA